CGUCGUCUCAACUACUUCUAUUUACUCUGAGCCACUGUUUUGACUAUCUAAGCCAAUCACUCAACCAUCCUUCGUCUAUCUUGCUGUUUCUCAUGUCCGUGACUCUAACAAGCUCUCCCUCUAAAGAGGGGGUGGUAACCCCACCGAGCGAUCUCGAAGGCGCUCAACCUCGAGAGAAAUCGGAUUUAGCACCGCACCCGCGGGAAAAUAUUUCCCAAUGGCGAUGGAUCCUAACCAUGAUAGGAAUCUAUCUCGGAGGCCUCCUUUUCGGCUUGGAUACUACGAUCGCGGCCGCUGUCCAAGGACCGGUGUACGAAACACUGGGCGAAAUUGAAAAAUUGCCCUGGAUCGGAAUUGGUUUCCCAAUGGGUUCAGUCGCAGUCAUCCUUCUAGUCGGGACACUCUUUGCUCUGUUCGAUAUCAAAGUGUUGAUCCUGAGCUUCAUCUUCCUGUUCGAAGUUGGGAGCGCAAUUUGCGGGGCGGCUCCAACCACUACCGCCCUGAUUAUUGGACGCGUCAUCGCCGGUAUAGGGGGCGCGGGGAUGUAUAUCGGUGCCCUCAAUUAUAUCUCUGCCUUCGCCACCCCAUCCGAAGCUCCUCUUUAUAAUGCUUCGAUUGGCUUGUCUUGGGGAGUAGGCGCCAUCCUCGGCCCCGUCAUUGGCGGAGCGUUUUCGGACAGUAGUGCAACAUGGCGAUGGGCAUUUUACAUUAACUUGCCCCUCGCUGGGGUUUUGAGCCCAGUAUACUUCUUCGCAUUCCCGUCCAAAAACCCUCGGCCCAUGGAGUCGGUCAUGGCGAAGCUAAAACAGGUCGACUGGGUCGGUGCUAUCCUCAAUGCAGGCGUCUUUGUCCUAUUCCAAGUCGUUCUCACAUUUUCCGGCUCGACAUAUCCAUGGAAUUCCGGGUUCUCGAUUGCGGUCUGGACUGUGUGGGGCGUGGUCCUCGUACUCUUCAUCAUCCAACAAGGCUGGACCAUCUUCACCACGAAGGAGAAUCGGAUCUUUCCCGUCCAUUUCCUCAAAUCGAGAACCCUCGUCCUUCUAUUCAUAGCUACAUCGGCGUGCGCUGCUAGUCCCAUCACGAUCUACUAUAUCCCUCUUUACUUCCAGUUCACGCGUGGCGACUCCGCACUCACGUCCGCUGUGCGACUGCUGCCCUUCAUUUUCAUCAAUAUCUUCUUUAUGAUGGUCUCUGGGGCACUCCUUCAAAAAUUUGGCCGGUACGCGGCAUUGUACUUCGCUGGCGGGGCGUUCAUUCUGACUGGCGGUAUAUUACUAUUCACUGCGGAUCCUUCAACAAGCGUUGCACGGAUAUACGGUGCCGAAGUUCUCCUCGCCGCUGGUACGGGGCUGGCCUUCCAAAAUGCGUACGCGGUCGCAGCAGUCAAGGUGGAUGACAACGACAAGUACAAUGCGAUCAGAUACAUGAAUGUCGCUCAACCCGGAGCAGCCUCGAUAGGAUUAUCGAUUGUAGGUUGUUUGUUUCAGAACCUAGGCUUUCUUGCCUUGAGGGAUGCAUUGGGCAGUUACGAUUUACCCGAGGAUGCUAUUCGCUCCGCGCUGGCGGGCACCCAGUCUGCGGUCUUCAGAUCCGGGAACGAUGAACUUGCUCAUCUCGCUAUUAAUACAGUGGCUGAAACUAUUUCUCGGAUAUUUGGCGCCGUCGUCGCUGCUGGAGCGCUUUUAAUGGUGACCGCGCUAUUGAUGCGAUGGGAACGGCUGAACUUGGGUGCGAGAACUGCUGCCUAAAUACAACAUAACCGUGGCUCGGUUCAAACACGUCGGUAAAACGAAACCUAGAACGUUAGACUU